CACACACCCACACCCACAACCCAAUCCACACUCAGACUCGCUCAGUCAUUCAGUCGGUGAAGACAGAUAUGGCGAAGCAGAACUGAACUUCUUGUCGGUCAACAUCCGGACAUUGAUCUUUCCCUCAUUUGGUGUCACUUCUUUCCUUCUCUUUUCUCCUCAUCGUUAUGCACUUCAAGUGGGAAAUAAUUGAAUCACCACCAGAGAAAGGUACUCUGCUCCAAUGACUCUAAAAGUGGACUCUACUCUUUUCUACUUGCCUAGGUCAGCCAGAUGAACACACACAAACCAGCCCACAAAGCCAAGGCUAGGCAUUUGUGCUUCGUCGUCCUCCUCUGCUUCCCUUUGGCGUGGGCUGGCGUCCCUGGUCCAUGUCGACACUCUGUGACAAAGGGUCACCUCCUCAACCUCAAUCGCCUGAUUGACAAUCAGUUGGAGAAUGGCUGUUCAAUAACCUAUGUAUUUACUGAGCUCCAGAGUUUGAGUGAAGUCUGUUAUGUGAAAGCAGCCUUUCCACAAAUCCUGGAGCUUCUGAACACAAACUUCAAUUAUGUCAUGAAGUCGGACAACGGACGCUAUGUCAAAUCCCUGAAGAAGGUCAUAUACAACCUUUACUCCCACAACUGCAUACCUGAAAUCAACGAGGAGAUUGAGGACAACCCAGUGAAGUUUGUGAGGGUGCACAGCACCUCGCCCAGAGAGGCUCUGAGGAAAGCCCGCYGGGUCAUUGAGAUGUACAUGACCCUGAUGACCAAGAGCAACGGGCCUGUCGACUGGAACUGUGAGGAAGAGUACGCUGAGGAUUACCCAGAAUCCGCCACUGUCCUCCCCACCCCAACCAAAGCUGAACCUGAACCGGAACACCAGUGUGCAUGUCCAACAGUGGGUCCGGUGGCCCCUGAUGUCUCCCUGGUCUCCCACAGUGUAUGGAGCAGUCCCCCACAGCCCACCCUCUCCCAGUCCCCCAACAUGCAACCCAGGCCUCCUCACCCACCAUUGGGUACCCACAGCGCUGACCCUGGGGUGUUCCUAGGGAGUCCUGGUACUAUAGGACCCCCCUCCCUUAGGGAGCUGCAGGUGACUGUCCCCGAUGGACAUUCACUUGGAGAGGGCAGAGAGGGGGAGUUACACUGGGAUUCUCGUCCACCUCCACCCACUGGAACUGAGUCAGACUCUGCACUCUAUAAAACAGGCUCGAACCCCCCUUCUGCCACAGACCACCCUUUAAUGUCUUCCCCUCCCAGCCUAGUUCUCAUGGAGACUGUUGGAUCCAAGCACAAGGGUUUUUACUACCCCCAGACUGAAAGGGCGAUGGAGGCUUCUGCAGACAAACCAGCAGGGAGAGGAGCAGCAGGUUCACCACACGAUCUCUUUAUUGUCCCUGGGGUCAAGCUGGUCACACCUGUCCCUUUCUUGUACAAGGUGAUGGGCAUCACCCUCAGUAGUGAUGAGAGCACUGCCUAUGUGUUGGCCAAGAGGUCACUGGACGUUUCAACAGAGACCCCUCAACUAGAGGACACUACGAAAACAUACCCAAGCACAGAGAGAUAUUCACAUGACUGGAACCAUCCGAUUGGGAGCACUACGACUGAAGCAUCUCCACAUUGGAAGAUGACAGAGGAGGAGCCAGACAAACUACACACCACUACAAAGGUCCUGGGCCAAAUCAGGAAGACUGAGUCAAAACAUACUAGGACAUACUAUGAGGAAGUCUUGAGCACAGAUAUCCUGUCAGAGAAGACAGAUGUGGAUGACGCUCCUAUUUCAGAAAGGCCCAGUGAAGGCUCAGAGAAGAAAUUCCAGAAUGGGAAAACUGGUCAUUACGAUUCCAGCACCUACUACCAGACAGCCUUUAUCAUUGCAUCCAUGUGCGGCGGACUUCUCCUCAUCACAACACUAUUCAGUGAGAAAAAGAGACUCCGAGCCCUUCUCUACAGUGCCAACAUAAUUGAAAACCAGAGGUAAAAAAUUAUAUUUAAUAUUAUCCUUAAAUGUCAUGAUGGUAAAAACAGAAAACUGAUAAGACAGUGUAGUCCUUUGAAGGCUUUUUACAUUAAUCAGGGCGGCACUAUUGCUAGGCAACAACCACAACACAAACAGUCAGACAUGGCGAUGGUGCAGUCAACAGUGACAGAUAUCGUCAGGCAAUGAACUCAUGGUUUUGGCUCAAGACGAUCAUCUGCAACUUAUACUCAACUCCAACUCAGUGUCAUAUUG